AUGCCCUCUCCUGCUUCAGCGAACAUCGCAUCUGAUGGUGCAGCGGCGGUGCGUCUCUUCAAGGAAAAGCGGUUUUCCGAGUCGCUUCCCUUCUUCGACAAAUUUUUGGCAGCUAACCCCAACGAUGAAGUCGGAUUUAGCAACCGCGCGCAGGCGUAUUUGGAACUGAAACGAUACGACGAGGCACUGCAGGACGCUGAUCGCAGCAUCGAGAUCAACUGUUUAUACGCGAAGGCAUACAAGCGGAAAGCCGACGCGCUUGUCGGCGUUGGGAAGAAAGAAGAGGCGCUGAAGGUGCUACUCAAAGCGCACAAGAUGUUCAGUUGGUGGAGCGCCGCAGGCGAGACGGACCUAGUAGAAGUAGGAGCAAAGGGGAUGUUGCAGCUUCGCGGGCCCAUGGUCAAGCUGAACGAAGAGCUGGGGAACUAUGUUCCGGACGUGGAGAAUUCGCUGAAGGCAAAGACCAGCAUGCACGCCGUCAGCAACGUCCUAGCAACGGCCGGAAUGCUAUCGGAAGCGCUUUCUGAAGUAGAGGAGAUCGAGCAGAUGUAUAUUUGCCGAGCGAGAGCACAACAGCCGGAUGCUGAUGCUGGCCAAGUAGCCAAGCUGUUGAAGAGUUUUGAGGGCGAAGCAGCAUACUUCUGGAUGUUGUUCACGAAAGCGGAUCUGCGCAUCGUUCUCCGGCGUGAUGAUGACGCUACUGCUAUCAAACGUUUCGAACAGCUGACGCAGCUCCUCCUCUCGUCCCUCCGCCCCUCCAGGAAAAACCAGCCGGCUCGAAUCAACCCAAUAGAAACCAUCGCUGGUAACACUAUCAAGAAUUUGCGGUUUCUCUACCAGCAAAACGGCAUGCGCGAGAAGGAGAGGACAUUGGUAGCUCAGGUUGAAAAUCUUGAUCCAACUUUACUCGACUCGCCUGCAUUCCAGGGGCAUGCUUCCCUCAAACAAGCCAAGAAGCACGUGGAUGCCGCCAACGCGUUUUUGAAUUUCGAAGCGAGGAAGAAGUGCAAGGCACCGACGUGUGACCUUGAAGGAGCGGCAACGGAGCUUCGGCUCGCAAUUGACAUCCUCGAACAGCCAUUUUUGGAAUGUGGACGCAGUCCAUGGAGUUGGUUGAAAAUGCCGCCAACGGUGGAAGAGCAGAAACAGUUGUUCGCAGAGAGCCGAGCGCGGGGAGGUAAUCCUUCCUCCAUCUACGCGCUCGUCAUGGAUGUUGCAGAGGUGCGGCGACUCAUUUUGUUACAAAAACGCAAUCCCGGAUGCAGUCAGACUGUGGCAGAUACGUUGUCUGAGGAAGCCAUGAACCUUUGUCAGCAGGUUGUGACUUUGGGUGACGCCUCGGUAUGCAGGGGCGUCACGCAACGAUUUGUAAAUAGCGCACGACGGGACCUUGCGAACAUCUUCGAUGACGCCGAUGCUUUCCGGCGGGUCGCAAUUAACGAGGAGUGCCCCAUGUGCAUGAAAUCCUUCUCGCUCUCUCCGGAUGAAGAAGAAGUCGCUGAAACAAGUGUCCUUCCGUCGACGUCCUCAAGUGGUAUAACAGCGACCGCGGCCACGGCGCAAUUUGACUCCGGCCACGACCUACAUUUCGGUCCACAGGCGAUCAUCAGCAAGAGGAGAAAUAAAGCUUACGUCCUCGAAUGCAACCACGCGGUCUGCCUGGAAUGUCUGCAUCAGUAUGUCUGCAGCGACUCCACCCAUUCAGGGAUGGGUAGUGCUCGUAAAAUCUGUCCAACUUGCCGCGAUCCGUUUCCUCCCCAGAUAUGGCUUGGGGACACUCUGUUUUCUGAAAAGUACCCGGGAUGGAUCGUUGCGAACUUUUUUGACUGCGGGCGCCAGAAAUACAUCGGAGAAGACGAGGUUGAGGCGGCGGAGGAGCUUAUUCGGUUGUCGUAUGAAGUAGAGGAAGGUUGA